AUGGCGCUGGUAGCCUACUCUGACUCUGAAGGCUCGGACGCCGAGCCCGACACUAAGCCCGCACCCCCAACCAAGAAUAACGAGUCUGGAGGUUUUGCCGUCGACCGCAGCAACCCGCGCAAGAUUCGAGUCGCCCUCCCAGAGCUCAAGCCUGACCCUUCAGCUGACAAGGAUUCCGAUGAUGGCCCCGCGCGCAAAAAGCCUCGAGUUGGUGGAGGCGGUGGUGCCUUUUCUGGCUUCAGCUCCUUCCUGCCAGCUCCCAAACGUACAGCGGAAAAAAAGACACCCAUAGCUUCCACACGGAAGCCCUUCAGUCUUAAAACAGGCGCAGAGCGUGGAUUCGACAGGGAAGCAGAUACCGAGAUGAAAUAUCAUACAGAGCCCAGCACCGGCGCAGAUGGAGGAGGCGCCCCCACAUCGGGCAGUCUUGAACAGUCGGCUUCAAAGUCCAACAGUGCAGCCGCAACCCACACUCCGAUCGGCGAGGUCAAACUGCAAGGAAAUCCAAUGAUGUUUAGACCAUUGUCUGUUGGUCGCCCGCAAAAGAAGAAGAAGACCACUGCGGCCGCCGCUCAGCCGUCACUCUCGGCGUCAGCUCCCGCAGCAGCAGAACAGCAGCCCACCGCAACGGCAUCAGCUGCAAGUACUGCACCGCCUCCCCCGAAACCUAAAGUCAGCCUCUUCUCUCUAUCCUCAGAAGAGAUUUCAUCCACAACCGACGCCUCGUUAUCAGCCGGAGCCGGAGCCUACGAGCCACUAGUUUAUGAGGCAGAAACACCAUCAGCCGGUCCUACGCUCGCACCUGAAUCUACCGCUCCUGAACCCGACUAUGCGCCAGCAAAUCCUGUAUCAUCUUCAUUGAACAACAUCGCCAAUGACCUGAAUCUCUCCAAGUCCGAGCGCCGCCAACUCUUUGGUCGCAAUGCGCCCUCUGCAGACUCGCGAGUCCUUACGUUUAACACAGACCAAGAGUACGCGCAUAACCAAGCUUUAGCCGAAACAGAACUUGCCGCGACUCAGCAUAAUCCUGUUCGUGCCAUCGCACCCGGCAAGCACUCCUUGCAACAAUUGGUCAAUGCAGCAGCUUCGCAGAAGGAUGCUUUGGAAGAGAGUUUUGCUUCGGGUAGGAGGAAUAAAAAGGAGGCUGGGUCGAGAUAUGGGUGGUAA